AUGAAGCUGAUCGCAUACCUCCUCCUGGCUCUGUCCGCCAUCAGCGGCGCCUUCGCCGUCGAGCAGCACAAGUCGUUCAUCAUCUCAUUUGAGCCAGACACCGCCCAGACCGUGAUCGAUGCCGCAAAGAAGCAGAUCACCGAUGCUAAGGGGGUCAUCACCCACGAGUACACCCUGAUCAAGGCAUUCGCCGCGACCGCCGGAGAGAAGGUGUACGAGAGUCUACAGGUCUGGGCCCAGGACAGCGGCGCACAUGUCGAGGAGGACCAGGUUGUCUCGAUUGAGGACCCAAAGAUUUGA